GUUUCGCUUCCAUUCUCCUUUUCCUUCUUAUUUUCGUUGUUAUUAUUAUUAUUAUCUUUUAAAUCAAAUCAAACCGUUUAAUGCUCCCAUAAUAGCCACUCGCUAUCUCGUGACGGGUGAAGUGAAUGAAUGACAGAUAUCUCCGGCUCCGGUAAUUCCCACCCAUUGCCUCUCCGAAUAUUUUGCGUAUUUUGUUUUUGUGCUCAUCUCAACCUACAAACCCGUCCGUUCUACUUCAUCAAAGAGAAAGUUCUCCACGAGGUCGGUCUAUUCCGCGUCCUUCUAUGUGUUCUUCAACGCACAACGCUACAGAGCAGUAAUGCCUGUUCUUGGAGAUGGAACUCUCUUUGUUAUUUUGGAAUAGCUACACCUCAUGGAUGAUAACGACCACGACAACAGCAACAAAUCACCAAUGGUUCGGGUCCAUUCCACUGUGGAGAUGGGGUCGUUAGAAGGAAGAUCGGUCAUUGAAUUUGAGGACGACAACUUAGUAAGUCCUUCGUCAAUUUCUAGAAAGAAACAUUCUUUCCAUGAGCCUCCGCGUACAUCUGCUGGCGGUUCAGAGAAUUUUUGUCCGAAACACAUGAUGAAUAGUGUGAUUGGUAGCAUAAAGAUCGUACUCCUCUCUGCUAAAAUCAACUUACUCAUCCCUUUUGGCCCUCUAGCAAUCUUGGUCGAUAAAUCCUCUGGCCAUCACGGAUGGGUAUUCUUUUUGUGCUUAUUGGGUAUUAUGCCUUUGGCUGAGCGUCUGGGUUAUGCUACAGAGCAGCUGGCUUGCUUUACUGGACCUACAGUUGGAGGUCUUCUAAAUGCUACUUUUGGAAAUGCAACAGAAUUGAUAAUAUCAAUUCAUGCAUUGAGAAGUGGCAUGAUACGUGUUGUUCAACAGUCACUACUGGGUUCAAUUUUGUCUAACAUGCUGCUAGUCCUUGGAUGUGCAUUCUUCAGUGGCGGGCUCAUGUUUUCUGAGAGGGAACAAGAGUUUAAUAAGGCAGCUGCUGCGGUGGAUUCUAGUUUACUGUUGAUGGCAGUCAUGGGCCUGCUAUUUCCUGCUGUUCUUCAUUCUACACACACAGAGUUACAUUUUGGAAAGUCUGAGUUAGCCCUAUCAAGGUUCAGUAGCUGUAUUAUGCUUGUGGCAUAUGCAUCCUAUCUUGUUUUUCAGCUGAAGAGACAGAAGAACCUGUACCUCCCAGUUAAUGAGGGAGAUACUGAGACUGAAGGGACUUCAGAUGAUGAAGAAGCUCCUGAGAUUUCUAAGUGGGAAUCAAUAAUAUGGCUAUCAAUUUUGACUGCAUGGAUUUCUAUCCUCUCAGAAUACUUGGUCGAGGCCAUUGAGGGGGCAUCUGUUGCAUUAAAAAUCCCAGUAGCGUUUAUCAGUGUUAUUCUACUUCCAAUUGUUGGGAAUGCUGCAGAGCAUGCAGGUGCUAUUAUUUUUGCCAUGAAAGACAAGCUUGACAUAUCUUUGGGAGUGGCAAUAGGCUCAUCAACACAGAUAUCUAUGUUUGGGAUUCCCUUUUGCGUGGUUGCUGGCUGGGCCAUGGGACGUCCUAUGGACUUGAACUUUCAAAUUUUUGAGACAGCCACGCUUUUCAUAACUGUCCUGGUGGUAGCUUUCAUGCUGCAGGACGGAAAUUCAAAUUACUUAAAAGGACUAAUGCUCAUUCUUUGCUACCUGAUAGUUGCUGCAAGUUUCUUUGUACAUAUAGACCCUACUUCAAUAGAGGAUAAGCCCCUUAAACCUGGUCAUUGAAGACAUGGGAUUUUGAAGUGGGUUUUACAAGAGCUCAAGCCCCCUAAGCAUAUUCAUUGAAGACAUAGGAUCACAGGAUUUUUUUAGCGGAUUCAAUAUUAAGCUAGUUUUAGUAAGGAAGCGUUUUUGCAAAGACUCGCUAAAACUGAAGUCAAUUGAGAGCGAGCUAUAAGAAGGUGGAUGUUCUGAAGCACAAGGUUCGUCUUGUUAGUGUAUUAGCUUUCCGAGUUCAAUUUUUCUGUGCUCCCACUUUAAGGUGGCUUUCAGGGUCUUGUUCUUUGAUGUGGUGGGCAAUGGAACUUUCUAGCCCCUCGCAGGUAGCCCAGAGUAUAAUUGAAUAGGGACACCAGUUUUAUGAAA